UCAGCGGCUGCGCGCCGCGGGCACCGGCCUCCGCCCGGCCGCCUCAGGCCGCCCUCGGUUCGCGGCGGCCUGCUGGUGCGACUGCAUGGCCGGGGACGCGCCGGGGCCGCCGGUGAAGGUGCUGGCCGCCCAGCUGCGGGCGGCGGUGCGGGGCGCCGGCGGGACGUGGCUGUUGGGCCGGGCGGAGGCGGGCCGGGCGCCGUUGCGCCUGUGGGCCGUGUGGAUGCAGGGCACCGUGCUGGAGGUGGAGCGCGGCGGCGCCCGCGGCGGCUCGGCCCGGCUGCAGGACGGCAGCGGCCCCUUCACCGUGCUGGGGGUGGAGGAGGUGCCCAAAGGGCGGCCCUGCCUCAGCGCAGGGAAGUAUGUAAUGGUGAUGGGUGUGGUGCGCUCCUGCAGUCCUGAGCCUAUUCUUCGAGCAAUAAAGAUGACAGAUCUUUCUGAAAACCCUGUGCAUAAGAAUAUGUGGAGCCUUGAAGUGGAGGAUUUGCACAGAGUCAUCCCCUAGAUCCUUUGUCUUCUGCCUAAAAUAUCUGGAAAUGUACUUUUUUUUUUUUUUUUUUUUUUCCUGCUGCUGCUUGGUGCAGAACACUGGGCCAUUCUGUGUAUUUGUGGUUUCAAACAACUACCAGUUAGUUUUGGAGUAAACUGAAGUGAGAUGUCAGGCUCCGAGUUAAGUGGAGGGAUCAGUGCAGAUAAUCACAAUGUUCAUCUCUUUCACAGUCUUUUUUUAUACCAACAGAUUUGAGAAACACUUGAUGCUUUCUGUGUAACAUGUCUAUGCUAUUAAGAAUACUACAUGUUUCUUCAUAUGUUGGUUGCUGUUGCUGGGAGCAUGUGUUUAGAUAGUCAUUCCUAUAACGGGGUAUUCUUGGCAGAAAGGGCUGCACAGAACUCGUGUUACCAGGGUGAACUCAAUAUGUGGAAUGAAGGCAAAAUGUGUUUCAGUCCAUUUAGACUGUGGUUGGAAAUAACAUCUUCAUCUGUGUUUUCUCU